AUGUCCCUCGUCAAAGCCCGAUACGGAAAGGAUAACGUCCGAGUGCUCAAGGUGUCGCGAGACCCCUCCAACCCCAAGAUCCAGCAGGUCCAGGAGCUGGUGGUCAAGUGUCUGCUGGAAGGAGACAUUGAGGUUUCGUACACCAAGGCCGACAACACCCCCAUUGUCGCCACCGACACGGUCAAGAACACCACCUUCAUUGUGGCCAAGCAGCUGCCCGGCACCUGGCCCAUUGAGCUUUUUGGCGCUGUGCUGGCCGACCACUUCAUCAAGAAGUACCCCCAUAUUUCGUCCGCCCACGUCGACAUUGAGCAGUACAAGUGGACCAAGUACGACGUGAACGGCAAGACAUCGCAGCACUCGUUUGUGCACGACGGCACCGAGCUGCGAACCGUGCACGUCGACCGAUACAGAGACGCCGCCAAGAACCCCGAAACCGUCACCACCUUCAACAUUGCCUCCGGUAUCAAGGAUCUGUCUGUGCUCAAGUCGACGGGAUCCAUGUUCUACGGCUAUCACAAGGACGACUUUACCACGCUCAAGCCCACAAAGGACCGAAUCCUGUCCACCGACGUGGCUGCCACCUGGCACUGGAUCUCCAAGGAGAUUGAUACCCUGGACAAGAUCAAGGAGAUUGCCAAGAAAGGUAUAUUUGACAGUGUGUAUGCCCAGGUUGUCGACACCACUUUGCAGCGAUUUGCCACCGAAAACUCCGCUUCCGUCCAGGCCACCAUGUACAACAUGUCCACCGACAUCCUCGAUAAGGCUUCCCUGGUGGAGACGGUGGACUACGAGCUCCCCAACAAGCAUUACUUUGAGCUGGACCUGAGCUGGCAUCAUCGUCUCAAGAACACCGGCACCGACGCCGAGGUGUACGUUCCCCAGUCCAACCCCAACGGUCUCAUCAAGUCUUCUGUUGGCCGAUCAAAGUUGUAG